CUCUUUUGCCCCAGUAGCCUACACAAACUUGGAUGAAUUGUGUCCUGACACACACGCGCCAGCCAACCCGAGAGGUGCGACCGAUCAGUGGGUGGAGCGGGUUGGAGCGGAAGAAAGCCACCCCUGCUGUAACAUACUAUGUAGGGCCUCAUCAACGCUGUCAAGGUCCAAUCGAACUCCUGCACUGAAGUGCAAAAUGACCGGGAUACUUGGUCGAAGACCAAGCACCGCUGCUGUCCCAAUAUGAGGAGCCCUAAUAAUGGUCAAAAAUACCCGCCAGGAUUUGAUACCAUGAUCAAGUUGAUAUGUAUGCAUACUGCAUGACCUCUAGGAGAUGGCCCAGUGCCUCGACUUCCCUAUCCCUAUCUAGUUGUUCCUAAAGUAUCAAAAGCAUUAUUCGAUGGGAUCCAAGUCCAUGAAACGGCCUGGCGAUUGCCAGAAGCGAAAUUGGUGCACGAGGCAGGCUGCGGCUUCCAACAUGGCUAUAAAAGCGGACACAGCCUUGGACGAAAUACAACGCAGCCAGCUGCAUCUUGCAAUUUUUCCCCCUUACCCCAAAGCUCCAAAGUAUUGCCUCUGCAGCGACAAACCCCAUCCGAGAGACCAUCUAAGCAACCAUGUCGUCUACGGUCAAUAUGGUGAAAUAUUAUUUUUACAAGGGCAUGGUCCCGAAAGACCAAGACCACCUGCGCUAGCUUGUGGCUUUGGCAUAUCAGACAGCCAGAGAUAGAAAGCUCUAUCCGAAGGCGGUUCUUAUUAGGUGCGUACACAAUGCAUUCGAGCAAACGAUACUUAUACGCGUUCUUGUUUUCUUGAAUUCCU